GCUAAGCAAAACAUUCUUAUGAAGCUUAAAUUGGUUGAGAAAAAAAGAGAAUUGCUUGUCAAAGAACAAACUCGACAUGUUUUGAAUGCAUCGAUAGAGACUCGGGAUCAAUGUCUUUUGGUACAAAAAUCGAUUACUAGAAAGCGUUUGUUGGAUGAGUCUAGUGAGCAUACCCAUAAGGAGUUGAUAAUGAUUG